AUGAGCUCAGCCGAACCGCCAGGUUACGACAGUGGAGAUAUAGCGAUGCGACACGAUACAUCAUACGCACCCGACGAUACGUCCUACUCACCACCAAUGGUCUUGUCGCCCGAAAUCAUGGAGUCCAAGGGUGGUGCCUACACCACCCUGAAUACCCCACGUACCCCCAGCUCGACGUUCGACGUAGAAGACGGGACUUAUCACCAUCACAAACAUCACAAUCGAGUCAAGCGUUUUGAUCACCGUGAAGCUCGGAAAACACUUUUGAAGACUGGAGCAAUGAAGCUUCUUGUAACACUGUUCUUCAGUGCAGCGAUGUGUGUCACACUCAAAUCGUGGGAAGGAUGGCGCGGACCCAUCGUCCUUUCUAAUCUCGAAGUCCGAAUCUUCAACUCGCUCACGAUUGGGCUUUCGCUGUGUCUGGGUUUGAACAUCUUGGCCUCGUUGAAGCACUACGCAUCCGUGUUUCGAUGGUCCUUCCUCACUAGACGAUACGUCAGUUUGGAAGUAUUCGAUCUCAUACUACACCUAGGCUCGCUUGCCAAAGUCACAAAGUUGAUGAUCCUCAGCUCACCUGGAUUUCGUGGCAAGACCUGGCUACGGAAGUUUGGCUGGUUCAAGGACGUCAGAGACGACGGGACCAAGUGGAUGUGGCUUGCGUGCCUAGCUUGGCUGUCUCUCAACAUUGGCUCCCAGAUCUUGGUUGCAUUACUGAGUUUGUUCUGGCCAAUGGAGAACUCGCUUCUCCCACUUUUUUCCUAUGGAACUGUGAUGGUUGCCAACUUGGAUAACUGGUCUAAUGACGCCACCUCACCCGUUAUCGUCGAGGACAAACCCCGAUUCACUGAAAGCUCUCUCGAAGCGGCUUGGAUGUUCGGCACGGAGGCUACGGCUUACCCUGAAAGCAAUUUCACAACCUUUGAAAAUAUGACAACCGACCUCUCCGGUUUGCAAGGUGCACCCAUCUAUAGGGACGAUGCUGCUUGGCACUAUCGCUUCUUCAACCGCGAGCCAAAGCAUCCUUGGGUCAACUAUGCAGCCAGUUCGCGCAUUAUAAGUGUCCAAGCAACGUGCGACAAACUUGAGAUACAAAACACCAGUCUGCAAAUUACUGAAGAUGGAGAGGAUUGGUAUCUCAUGGGAAGAAAGCCGGGUACUGAAGAAUAUAGCCCCCACAUUGUCACUGAGACAGCUUAUGGAUCUGUCACCUGGAUGGCAUCUGUGGAUGAGAACUGUGGCCCGAGGUGUACAAAUUUCACCGUCGUCCGACUGCCCGACGAAAAGUAUGUAAACGAUACGUCCCUAUUCACUUGCGAAAACACUCUCGGAAACGUAACAUCCAGCCGGAACGCAAAAAAUGAUAUCACACUGCGAAAUCCUGCCGAUGUUGACGCAGUGUUUGGUAGCGACGACUUUGCUCGUAUAGCCGCUGGGGCAAUAGCCUGGACUGGCAUUGCCUGGGUUAAUUCAGACUACCGACAAACGCGAUCCUACAGUCAGGGCUCCAAAUGGUCUCCGGCGAAAGAGCUCAAGGAAGAACAGCUGGAAGACUUGCUAAUGCGCUUCACGAUCGGUGCUGUAGCCGCGUUCGACGACCACGGCAUCCGCUACAACGUCCCCGAACAAACUGUUGUUCCCUCACAGGGUCAACAACUCAAUGUAGACUGGUCCUAUAUCUUCAGUAUUUUGGGCGGAAUAUGCUUUAUCCAAUUCUUGGCACUCUGUCUAAUGGGCAUCUUUGCUAACCGUACGAUUGUGCGGGAUGAAAGUUACUUCAGUAUGGCUAUGCUGUUGAACCCUGUUGUAAGCCGCAUCAAGAGCGAGGCAGCUAUGGUAAUGAGCGGGAGUGAGAUCAAAGAUAGCAAGGCGCUCAGGUUCAAGAAGAUCAAGUACGACUAUCAUGAGGGAGGAAAAGGGGAGCCGAAUCGCGUCGCUAUCUUCUUUGAGGACACAACUCCCAAAUGGACCGGUCCAGCCUUCCUUGUGCACAUGGAGAUGCGCGGCAAGGCAUUCGGUUGUUGCGCCUCACGCACGAGCGACGGCAGUCCGCCUGCUGUCCACGCGCAUUCGUCGUCGCGCAACAUUACGGCGCCUUCGACGCGACCAAGCUCAGUCCCUUCUCCACGCGCCUCUCAUGCCUCGCAGGGAAAUGUCCACCCACCGCGAGCCGACAAUCGCCCAAACACCCCGCUGAAGCCCAUCCCCUCUGCUCAGCGCUCGCGCCUGCCGAAUACGCUCGCUUCCAUCACCACCAAGACCAGCAGCCGCGUCAAGCCUCUGACCGACUCCACGAACCUGACAUGGACGCGAUCGCGAUUGGACAAGGAGCGCGGGGACUGGUGGGAUACACAAGUCACAGGUUCGGAGCAGAUAUGGCGCGCUGUACGCCUCGUGGCGCACUAUCUACAGGCUGGGGAGCUGCAAGAGGCUCAGACGAUGCUGGAUGCCAAUGAUUGCACGUGUCCAACGGGACUACUUUGGCGAGGCGUAUACGAUCCGACUGGCGUCCAAUACAAAGUUCCCGAAUGGGUGAUUAUUGAGCCAGAGGGACUGGCAGAAGAAGAAGAUAUAGACGACAAGGACGUGGCUGGAGAUGCCGGCUCCAGUGCUAUCCAGGAGACGUUGGACGACCCGGUCGACGACGAUUCUAACGGCCUCAUACGUGUGCGAAUAAGGACGAGCCAUGACCAGAAGGAUGUUCCGGUCGUGAUUCGGAUGCGAGACACUGUCGCAGUCGUCAUUGAGAAGCUGAAGCAGCAAGCAAAGCUCGAUUCCACCGUCAAAGUCCGCCUCGCCUAUGGUGGGCGCCUCUACCAAGACACCGAGACGUUGGAAUCUCAUUCUUACUGGGACUUUGCUAACAACUUCAUCAUCACCGGGCUUGUGUUUAUCGUUUGA